CCAUCCCUAUGUCAAAGUCAAAAUGUCAUAACAAAAGUGAAUUGAUGUUUAAUAUUCGAGGGAAUUAAUCGAAGAUUUAUUAUUUGGAAAGUAAAGAAUUUCUUUAAGAAUAUUUUAAUGUAAAUUUUCAAUACGAAAUUGGGUAACUGUUGUUACCAAACUAGGACUCAUAAAAACUAAUUAUCUUAGAUUGAUGAUGUUUUUGAUAUUAACUAAUAAAAUAUUCCCAGCAAAUUGGGAUGAGAAUUCCAAAACUACUGAAGUCUCAGGGUCAAGUGUUGAUUUUUACACAGAACAUGUUACACAGACACAGUGCCCCUAUCUGAGCACAUACUGAGAUAAGUCUAAUCAUUCAGAAGGGUUUAUUUGGGUAGGAAGCAGAAAAGGGAGGCACAUUGGACAGUAUAGUUAUUCAAUUUUAAUAAAAUUUUGCUUUACUAAGUCAAAAUGUCUGAAAGAAAAGUUUUGAAUAAAUAUUAUCCACCAGAUUUUGAUCCUAGUAAAAUACCUCGUAUGAAAUUACCCAAAAAUAGACAGUAUACUGUCCGCUUGAUGGCUCCUUUUAAUAUGCGGUGUGAAACUUGCGGUGAAUAUAUUUAUAAAGGAAAAAAAUUUAACGCUCGAAAAGAAGAUGUGGAAAAUGAGGAUUACCUAGGAAUAAGGAUAUAUCGCUUUUAUAUUAAAUGCACAAGAUGCCUCCAGGAGAUCUCCUUCAAAACUGAUCCCAAAUCAACAGAUUAUGUGAUUGAAGCUGGUGCAACCAGAAAUUUUAUGGCUCUCAAACUAGCAGAAGAGCAGGCUUUGAGGGAGGAAGAAGAGGCUAAAGAAGAAGAGGCCAAUAAUCCUAUGAAAUUAUUAGAAAACAGAACAAAACAAUCUAAAAAUGAAAUUGAUUUAUUAGAGUCACUAGAAGAAAUCAAAGAUAUAAAUAGAAGGCAAGAAGACAUUGAUUAUAAUGCAAUGUUAUCACAAUAUGAUAGUAAAUUGACAGAAAGAGAAAAGGAAGAAAAAAUGCAACAACUGGAUGAAGAAUAUAUCAAGACUAUCAAGUUUGGGCAGGAAGGUCGAAAGAGAAUUGUAGUUGAAGAAGAAAUUAUUGAAGUAUCUCCUGAAAAAAUUGCAAAAACUUCAGUUUCAGGUCUCAUGCUCAGUUCACAUAAUCCAAAUAGUAAAAUUAAAUUUAAGAAAAACUUACUUUUAGUUAAACCCAAGAACCUGAAUCAGCAUUCAAAUAUCUCUGUUGAAAAGUUGCAAAAUGCUAUGGGGAAUGAAACUGCAGUAACUAAGGAUAAUAAAAUGUCAACUAUGAGUAAAUCAUCUUUACUUGUUGAAUAUUCAGAUAGCGACGAAAGUGACUAAUGAAUAUUUAUAUCGAUAUAUAAAUGUUUUCUAUUAUAAAUUACGAACUGAGGAAAUGUGACUAGAGCAUUCAAAAAAUUCAACAUCUUUUGAGAAUUGGAUCAUCUCUUCAUUCACUGCUAUUGGGAAAUGUUGAAUAAUUAUUUUUGGUACAAUCAAAUGACUUGAAUACUUUUAACUAUUGAAAUCAUUGAAUUGUUAAUAUUUCAGUUUAUAGUUAUCUACUGAUAAAAUCAUGAUGACAACGAGCUAACCUGGUUAGUGUGCAAAAUUUAAAUGUAUAAAGCAUUAAAAUAAAGACUAUUCCAUUGCAA